UCCGGGGGUCCUGCGGGCGGCGGGCGGCGCACGGCGAUGCUCAAGGCCAAGAUCCUCUUCGUGGGGCCCUGCGAGAGUGGAAAAACCGUUUUGGCCAACUUUCUGACAGAAUCUUCUGACAUCACCGAAUACAACCCAACCCAAGGAGUGAGGAUCCUGGAAUUUGAGAACCCACACGUUACCAGCAACAGCAAAGGCCCAGGCUGUGAAUUUGAGCUCUGGGACUGUGGAGGCAAUCCCAAGUUCGAGUCUUGCUGGCCGGCCCUGAUGAAGGACUCCCACGGAGUGGUGAUCAUCUUCAACGCCGACACCCCAAGCCACCUGAGAGAGCUCGAGAGGUGGCAUUCCUGCUUCGUCCAGCAGCAGGGCUUACAGGACACUCAGUGUCUGCUGAUUGCACACCACAAGCCAGGCUCUGGGAGUGACAGAGGAAACCUUUCCUUGUUGCCACCCUUGAACAAGCUGAAGCUGGUGCACUCGAAUCUUGAGGAUGACCCUGAGGAGAUCCGGAUAGAGUUCAUAAAGUAUUUAAAGGGCAUAAUCAACUCAGUGUCUGAGAGCAGAGACCGAGAGGAGAUGUCAAUCAUGACCUAACCGACCUUCGUCCGACUGUUCCGCAUCCCAGAUGAAGUCACCUUCUUCCCCAGGACAGAUCAGCAACCUUCACCAGCUAUGAGUCUUUCUUCUCCCUGUGGCUGUAGAGGAAAUUCUCCUUAUCUGCUCGAAGGUACCAGAGAGGCAGGGAGUUGACUCUAACACCAUCUAUUCUCUAGCCUUAGUUCAAUCGAGAAAAUUCUAUUAUUGAAUUCUGAUUCCUUUGCCCCAGACCUCUCCAAAAAGCUGGAAAACUGACGUGUUUUUUUUUUCUUCCUUCACAUAUGUCAAGUUGUAAGAAUUGUGGAAUUGUAACUGUCAUAGCCCAAUGAUACAACACUAGUGUAUCCCUGUG